AAUUAUUUCCAUAAUUCAAUAUUUUUUCUGGUUCGACAGAAUUUUGGCUGCAACAAGAAAUGUCCAAAAAAGAAAUAAUGGGUCAUCGACGUCGUUGUUGCAGAGCUUCUUCUUCUCCAUUAUCGUCAUCAUCUCUGGCUUCAUCCCCUAUAAAUUUAUGUCGCUUUUACGAACCACCUAAAACCGUAUUAUCCUGAUUUUGGAGGUACCUGACGAAGGUACAUCCACAUUCCUCCUUCACCUCCACGCUUCCCUUAACCACCAUUUUCAAUUAAAUUGAUUGGAUCUGGAUUCCCUCCAUUUCCAUUCUUGCUCUUGAUCUCCUGCCUCAGUUUUCCACCGCCAUCGUUAGGGUUUGGUACUGGUUGUGGCGUGUUGAGAGAUUUCUACCAUACCCAUUCACGAAACUUAGCCCAGAUGCCUUCCUUUAUAUUCUUCCACCGAGCAAGGAGAACUUUCUCAAACGAUGAGCUGGGGUUAGAAAUCUUGGAAAUCGCAAUUCCAGCUGCACUUGCUUUAGCAGCAGAUCCCAUUGCGUCUCUGGUCGACACUGCUUUCAUUGGCCAUUUAGGUCCUGUUGAGCUAGCAGCGGUUGGAAUUGCGAUAGCAGUGUUCAAUCAAGUGUCGAAGAUUGCAAUAUUUCCAAUCGUUAGCGUCACAACUUCUCUGGUUGCUGAGGAAGAUGCCAUUGGACCAUUGAGUUCCGAUGAACAGGAGAGUGUAGAACUACUAGAUGCCUCACCUACUUUUAACAAAGAAACAGAUGACUUGUUACCCAAAAAUGACACAGGUGAAUCACAGCAAAAUACACCAUCUUCAAACGCUUACUGGAAAAAAGAAGGGUUUCAGAAAAGAAACAUCCCAUCUGCUACGUCAGCGAUGGUUGUUAGUUGUGUACUUGGUUUGGUCCAAACUAUGUGCCUCAUUUUCUUUGCUGAACCUGUGCUCAAGCGCAUGGGUGUGCAUAAGGAUUCUCCUAUGCUAAUGCCUGCACAAAGAUACUUAGUCUUGAGGUCACUUGGUGCUCCUGCAGUUCUUUUAACUUUGGCUAUGCAAGGGGUUUUCCGGGGAAUCAAGGACACAAGAACACCUCUCUUCGCUACAGUUGUGGGAGAUGUCACAAACAUUAUCCUAGACCCCAUAUUCAUCUUUGUAUUCCGAUGGAAUGUCAGUGGUGCUGCCAUUGCACAUGUUAUUUCUCAGUACGUGAUGUCGCUACUCCUUCUGUGGAAAUUAGUUCAACAAGUUGAUAUAUUGCCUCCAACAAUCAGCGAUCUGCAACUCGGUCGCUUUCUCAGAAGUGGAUUCUUGUUGCUACUGAGAGUGAUAGCUUCAACCAUCGUUGUCACCCUAGCAGCUUCUUUGGCCACUGCCAAUGGACCAACUGCAAUGGCAGCAUUUCAGGUUUGCUUGCAGAUUUGGUUGGCGACCUCCUUGCUUGCUGAUGGACUCGCUGUGGCUGGGCAGGUUAGAUAUAGAUAUAUAUCUGUGCCAGGAUCAAGAAUUUCAACCUCUGAAUUGGCCUUUCGAAUCUCUACUCAUGGUGUUGUUCUAGGGGUAGCACUCGCCAUCAUCCUAUAUCCUGGGUUGUAUUUUGGUGGAAUAUUAUUUACCAAAGACGAGAAUGUCUUGCAACUUAUUAGACGUUGUGUCCCGUUUGUUGCCCUAUCUCAACCAUUCAACGUCUUAGCAUUUGUCUUCGAUGGAGUGAACUUUGGAGCAUCUGAUUUUGCAUUUUCUGCAUACUCAAUGAUCUUCGUGUCAUUCAUAAGUAUCUUUUGCCUCUUUACACUGUCUGCGAGCCAAGGAUUUAUCGGCAUCUGGGUUGCUUUGACCACAUUCAUGACUUUGCGUACGUUGGCCGGCUAUGUGAGGAUAGGAGCUGGUGUUGGACCUUGGAGGUUUCUAAGGACGAAUGCAUUUACAUGAAGAGCAAAUUUCUCCAGUUUCAUCAUUAUCUUCAUGAUCUGGGGUUAAAAACACAAAGUACUAAAGACAAGACUCGCUCAAUGGAAUUCGAUUACUGUACAUAUUGCAGAAGAUAGUAGGUACAGGAAGUUAACUGAGAAUUCUUUUUGUUCAGUUUUGGCACUAUAUGUUCAAUUAUUUCUACUGUUUUCCAGCACGUUUUGUGCUCUAUAGGAGGAUGGGGAUAUGGUGAACUUUAACUGUAAAGAUACUCAAUUGUUUGCUUGACUAAGCAAACAUAUGUAAUUUCUUUGUUAACUAAUCGAACUAAGUUGAAUGGGUCCUAUUUAUUGAAUGACACUUUCCUUCUUCAAA